UUGCAGAAAAUUCGAUGCCUGACACUGAGUUGCUUCAAGUUGACUCAAAUAAUACAGUCCCAGAUGUCUUGGUGCCCGAAACCUUAAUUUAUCAAGGAGCUGAAGCCAGAGUUUAUCGCACUAAAUUAUUCCGUUCAACAUAUACUUUUCCAUGUAUUGUAAAGGAAAGAUUUGUUAAACGAUAUCGCCAUAGUACAUUGGACUCAACCCUAUCUAUGCAAAGAAUGCGAGCUGAAGUUCGACAAUUGUUACGUUGCAGAGAAGCAGGCAUAGACGUUCCACCUAUACUUCUAGUCGAUAUUCGGCGUCGUCGAAUUUGGCUCGGUGAAAUUGGUCCAGAUGCUGUUACACUACAAGAUUGGUUUAAAACCUUCUCCACUCGGGCUAUCGAAACAGACAUAUCGGCUGGAGAUCUUCAGAAAGAGACAGUUUCACAGCUACGGGAUUUAACAGCAGCCCUGGGACGAUUGCUUGCUCAACUACAUUCUAAUCACAUAAUUCAUGGUGACUUGACGUUGGCUAAUAUUCUUAUUCAACAGAAGGAUGUUAACGGUAAACAAAUCAGUUUUCGAGUUGUUCCAAUCGACUUUGGACUUUCAAGCGCUUCAUCUGGCCUGACAUCACAACGUUUAGCUGAGGAUAAAGCUGUGGAUUUGUAUGUAUUUGAACGAGCAUUAACUUGUGGCUUAGAUCAUAAAGCCUUAUUGAAAGCUUUUCCUGAUCACCCUGAUUUAAAUACACCAGAUGGCGUGAUGAAUUUAAUUAUGGAUGCAUAUCGUGAGAAUUACGCUGUACAACAGUUGAAUGAAGAAUCAGAACCACCACAACAACAAGAACGAGUCAAGUGUAAAUCGUCGGUUAAUAAAAAAUCGGGUGAUAAUUUGAAUCCAAAGAAAGCUGAAGUGAAAGAAGUUCUAAGUAGGCUUGAAGAGGUUCGACAGCGUGGUCGGAAACGUUUGAUGGUUGGAUGAAUUUUUUAUUUUUUAAAACAUUUAGCUAUUUUGGUUAUCAAUAAUUUCUUAUGUAUAUUUUUUGGAAUGGAAAAUACAAUGUUUUUAUACAUCCA